CAGUUGUCCAGGAAAUCCCUAUCCGGCUUUUGGUUUACACACUUGCCUCUUCCUGAAAGUUGGACAAGAGUCCUGUAGUCCUGUGCUGCUGUACUUUCCCGUCGCGUCUCUGACAUGGAGGAAGUGCUAUCCUUCUGGGAUGUAGCCAUUGAUUUCUCUCCAGAAGAGUUGGAAUGCCUAGAGCCUGCUCAGUGGAAUUUGUACAGGGACGUGAUGUUGGAGAACUACAGCAACCUUGUGUUCCUUGGUCUUGCUGUGUCUAAGCCACAGCUGGUGACAUUUCUGGAGCAAAGACAAGGGGCUAUUGGUGUGAAGAGACAAGCAGCAAGCCCCGUGCCCCCAGGUACAAUAAGAAACAAGUUUAACGUUCACAGCAAGACCAUUAUUCAUGCCUCAGUAGGUAUUCAAGGCCAGAGAAUUCGUAAAGGGGAGAAACCCUACAAGUGUGAAGAAUGUGGAAAGGCCCUCAGUUCUCGUAAAACACUUUCUAUACACCAGAGACGUCAUACUGGAGAAAAACCCUACAAGUGUAAAGAAUGUCAUAAGGCCUUUAGUGCUCGCUCAUCACUCUUUAUACACCAGAAAAAUCAUACGGAUGAAAAAACCUAUGAGUGUGAAGACUGUGGCAGAUCAUUUUACUAUCCUUCAAUGCUGAAGCAACAUCAAAGAAUUCAUUCUGGAGACAAACCCUACAAGUGUGAUCAUUGUGGCAGAUGUUUUUCCUCUUCCUCAUCCCAUAGCAGACACCAAUUAAUUCAUUCUCUUACUCAGCACCAGCCUGUCCAUUCCAGAGAGAAACCUUACCGUUGUGAACAGUGUGGAAGAUGUUUUUAUUCUUCAUCAUCCUAUGUAAGACACCAAUUAAUCCAUUCUGAAGACAAUCCCUACAAGUGUGGGGAAUGUGGCAAAGCCUUUUCGACGCUAUACUUUCUUACUCAGCACAAGUUUGUCCAUUCUGGAGAGAAACCUUACAAGUGUGGAGAAUGCGGGAAAGCCUUUUCUUAUAAUUAUGUCUUGAUUCAGCACAAGUUAAUUCAUAAUGGAGUGAAGCCUUAUCGAUGUGAAGAAUGUGGGAAGAUGUCCUACUCUAUUUCAAAACUGAAAAAACAUAAAAAACUUCAUUGUCAAGAGAAACUAUACAAGUGUGAAGUCUGUGGAAAAGCCUUUUCUACUAAUUCUUCCAUGGUUCAGCACAAAAUAGUUCAUACUGGAGAGAAAUGCCACAAAUGUGAAGAGUGUGGCAAAAUGUUUGCCUGUAUCUCAUAUCUGAGGAAACAUAAAAGAAUUCAUUGUCAAGAAAAACCCUUCAAAUGUGAAGUAUGUGGCAAGGAUUUUCGUACUCGCCCAUACCUUUCUAUACACAAGAGAAGUCACAUGAGUGAGAAACCACAUAAAUGUGAAGAAUGUGGAAAAGCCUUUUCUAUUCUCUCUUGUCUUACUCUGCACAAAUUACGUCAUUCUGGUGAGAAAUCCUAUCAAUGUGAAGACUGUGGGAAAAUGUUUUACCGUACUUCAGACCUUAAAAGACACCAAAAAACUCAUACUGGAGAGAAACCAUACAAGUGUGAAGAGUGUCACAAAACUUUUAGUAAACGUACAACCCUUAAGGUACACAAGACAGUUCAUACUGGAGAGAAACCUUCCAAGUAUGAGGAGUGUGACAAAAGGUUUUCCUAUUCUUCAGACUGUAAAGCACAUCAAAGAAUUCACUGUGAAGACAAUCCCUACAAGUGUGGGUAAUAUGGCAAAGCCUUUACCAAACUUCGUGUAUUUACUCAGCACAAGCUUGUUCAUACUGGAGAGACAUCAUAGAAGUGUGAAGAGUGUGGCAAAGGAUUUUCUAGUCCUUCAUAAAUUACAUAAAACAAUUCAUUCUGAAGAGAAGGCCUUCAAGGGUAGGGAAUGUGAUAAAGUCUUUGUUACUCAAUAUAACCUUUCUCAACACAAGCUAGUUCAUACUGGAGAGAAACCACACAAAUGUGACCUGUGUGGAAAAGGAUUUACUAACCCUUCUGUUCUCACCAAGCACAAGAUAGCUCACACUGGAGAGAAACCCUGUAAGUGUGAAGCAUGUGACAAGGAUUUUUCUCUUCUUCAUUCCUUAGAAGACAUUCAUUCCUUAGAAGACAUCAAAUAAUUCACUCUAAAGAGAGUCCCUACAAGUGUGAGGAAUGUGACAGAACCUUUACUAUGCUGUACACACUUAGCAAGCACAAGUUGGUUCAUAUAGGAGAGAAACAGCACAAGUGUGAGGAGUGUGGCAAAGGAUAUUCCUCAUCUUCUCAUCUUCAAUCUUUAAAAGACAUCAAAUAAUUUAUUCUAAAGAGAAGGCCCAAAAGCCUAUGAAAUAUGGCAAAUUUCUGUUACUCAUUCCUUCUCAUCACAAGACAGUUCAUAUUGUAGAGUUUUGUAAAGUUCCUACAAAGUUUGUACUUCUUUAGCACCUAAAAGGCAUCAAGGAACUCAUUCUGAAUAGAAGCUCCACAAGUGUGUGCAAUGUGGUAAAGCCUGUGCUGAUCACUCAGAUCUUACACAGUGCAAGUGAAUGUAGAGAGUAGAGAAGCCAUGCAUGUGGGGAGAAUGGCAAGUGCUUUACCAGUCAGUCAAAUGUGAAGGAAGUGACAGGGUUUUAGUGUUUCCUCAUAUCUUAAAUAACAACAGUCUACAUCCUGAACAUCAGAGCUGUAAUGUGAAGGAUGUGGUGAAGGUUUCAUUUAUCGUUCAGUCCUGGUUCAACCUUAGUAAUCUGCACUUGAGAGAAACCCUACUUGUGCAGAAAAGGACCAGGGUUGAGCUAUGCCUCAUGUCUAUGUAAGCAUCAGAGAAUACAUCCUGAUGAGGAGGCCUACAAAAGCAAUCAAGGUGGCAAGCUCUCUACCUGUUCUUCAUACCUUUAAGUAUCUGCAGAGACUUCAUACUGCAGAGGCACUCUGUACACAUAAAAGCCUUCCCUGAGCCUUGAAUAACACUUCAAGUCUUCAUCAGCACCAAAGAAUUGCCAUAGGUGAGAAACCUGCAGGUACAGAUGUCCUCAUCAGCUUUAGAUGUCCACAUCACACUGCUGAGCACUAUCUGAAAGAUCCAGUUUGUUAUUUGCUUAUAAACUCGUGUUUGUUGUAUUUUCUAUGUGAUGUAGAAGUCAGCCAGGAUAACCAGCACCACCCUGCACAGGAACUCCUUGAUUGCAGCAUUCCCCCAUGGUUCUGCAUCACUUCCUGUCCUGGGUUCACCAGAUGAUAAACAGUAACUCAUAACUUGAAAUUAACUGGUAAUUAUCCAAGUUGUUUUUAACUAGUCCAACAGAAAUCAAUCUAGGACAGCAAUGAAUAUGGGAGGCUUUUCAGUCUUCUCCAUACCUCAGCUGCUACCAUCAGACAGCGUAGCAGAGCCAGUAUCACAAAACCUUUGCUCUGCAUCUGAGUAUUCACAGUGUAGGGAAGCCUUACUGAUAGAAUCUGACAAGAGUUUUAUAAUGUUUCCCUAAUUUGACACCAAAAUUUUCACACUGGAUAGGAACCUGUGAAAUUAGACAUUAGGUGUGUGUUAAACAGUUGUUCCAAGCUCAGAAGGAGAAAUUUAGGCAGAAUGACAGUAGCAUAUUCAGUAGACAAGAGAAAUUGAUCAUCUUUUAUACCUUACUGUCAGAGUUCUUGUCUGAUUUAGAAGCCCUACAGAUUAAAAGCAUGACAAAGGCUUAAGACCAACCCUCAUUACCUGUGAUUCAUAUUGUAGUAUUUCCUUGUACAUAUAAAAGACACUGACAGGAUGGAUCCUUUUCAGUGUUUCCACAAUAUAGUAGCAAAUUAGCUAUCAUGUAAAGCACAGCACACCUGGAAAUAGCAGUCUUUUUUUAUCACUUAGAUAAUAAUGGAUCCAUUGAAGUAUAGUAGACACACUAUUAAUACAGAAUAUGUAUAAAUGUGGGGCAUUGCUUACAGUUAAUAUAUUUCUGUGGUUGAAAAGUCAUUAUAGACAUCAGAAUGCUGCAAAUCACUCCAGGCUAGUCUAGGAAAACAGGGCGUGUGUCCUGCAGGAUCUUUGGAAUCAACUGCAUUUCAUUAGAAGCCCCUCACAUUAAAUUGGACCUGUAGGAUUAGGUGCUCCCCAUCCAGAAUUUGAUCCUUCAUCUGGUUCCAGUCAUGCCAACAGUAUUUGUUGAAAAGGCUGUCAGUUUUGGUUCCUGGUUUUGACACGUUUGAUAAAAUUGUAUGUCCGUUGCUUUAGUGUUUAUCUCUUGUUCUUAGGUUGCACUGUGUUGGUCUGCAUGUUUGUCUUUAUGUGAGUCCAUGCAGGAAAUACGCAUCUUUGGUUAUUUCUGGUCUUUGGUGUUUCCAUGUACUCUUCCCCUGUUCUAUGAUGAUUUUCCUUAGAAUUUUUUUGUGGUGAAUAUGUAAAUAGUUUUAGUGAUAUAGACCUUUCUACAAUAUAAACUCUGUAAUUCAGAAAUGUGUCCUUUUUUCCAAGCCUUUAUUAUAUUAAAUAUGCAACAUCUAUUUCUAGAUUUAUCCAGACUUAUAACAAAUGUGUUUUGAAAUUUUCCAAGUGUGGCCUUUGUUUUAAUGUCUGUGUAUGUGUAUAUAUAUAUAUAUUAUGAAAUAUGUUUUUCCAUAUUCAGCCUUGCAUCACAAGAAGGGCAAAAACUUGAAAUUGAUGGAUGUGGUGUUUUGAGUAGGUAUGGGCCACAAAGACUCAUGUAUUUGAAUGCUUGGCCCAUAGAAUGUAGCACUAUUUUGGGGGGUUUGGGGCGUGCAUUACCACUGUUAAGAGAUGUGGCCUUGUAGGAGGAUGUGUGUCACUGUGGGGCUGGGCUUUGAGGUCUCCUAUGUUCAAGCUACACUCAGUGUGUCACACAGUUUCCUGCUGCUGCCUAAGUAUCAAGGUAUGGAACUCUCAGCUCCUUCAGACCGUGUCUGCCUGCACGCUGCCAUGCAUCCCUCCGAGAUGAUAAGGGACUAAACCUCUGAAACUGUAAGCCAGCCCCAAUGAAAUGUUUUCUUUAUAAGAAUCGCUGUGAUCAUAGUGUCUCUUCACACCAAUAAAACCCUAACAAGACAAUGUAUAACUAUAA